AUGAACAGAGGGAGCUUAGGAGCAACUUCAAAUUGUAUGGGAACUGCAGUUGAAAUGGAUUGGGCGAGGAGGUUAAAUAUUGCAAGGGAUGUUGCUCAUGCUUUGUCAUACAUGCAUCACGGUUGCUUUGCACCGAUAGUCCACAGAGAUAUAAAGAGCAACAAUGUUUUGCUUGAUCGGGAAUUUAAAGCUUGCAUCUCAAAUUUUGGUCUAGCAAAAAUACUAGAUGUGAAUGGGUCAAACUACACAAAUCUUGCCGGGACAAAAGGAUAUCUUGCCCCAGAGCUUGCAUACACAACAAGGGUGACCGAGAAGUGUGAUAUUUAUAGCUUCGGAGUGCUGGUUCUAGAGUUGUUCAUGGGACAUCAUCCAGGUGAUUUCCUUUCACCCAUUGUCGAAAAAACUACAUUACUUCAGAAUUUACUGGACACACGGCUCCCACUCCCGCGAGCUGAGAUCGCGGGUGAGAUGUUUCAACUGAUCGUUGUCACUGUCCGGUGCAUAGAGCCUGAUCCAUCACACCGUCCAACGAUGCAACAAGUACUCAAGGUGUUCUCAACAGUUGAACGAUCACCUAGUGAUCAUCUUGAUUAUCUCCAAACCGGCAUUGUCAUCCCUGCCUGCUGGUCAUGA